AUGUUCGCAAGCAGGACAGUUUGUCCAGUUCGAGUGAUAAGUCUCAUUCUUAGACUCAAGACGUCGAUGGUAUCCUUGGCCGCGGAGUCGUGCGCCAGCGCACAUUCGGGUCUCUUCGUUAUUUCCGAGAUACUUGCCGCAGCGGCGGCAGUAAAUGGUGGUGUAAACAAUACUACACAUGAUGGCGAUGAGUUGAUAGUAGAGUGGGUGGGUAGAGAAGUUGUUGAUGGUGGUAAUGGCGAUGAUCAGGGCAGCUGCCGUCAAGGUUAUCAAUCCGUAUAUUGGAUCAAGAGCUGUGGGUCGGUGAAACUACCAGCACAGCGUUUCUUUGACCACAUCAAAAGAGCUGGGGAUGUUGCCGCAAGCACUGCUAGGAAAGGAACUGACACUGUCAUUGAAUACGAUUUUAGGCGGAUGCUCAAGAACCAGGAGAUUGAGUCACCUGGGUUUCUGAACCAGUAG